UCAUUAAUGAAUAUACUGAAGAGAGCAUGCUCUUCUGACUUUGUUAUAUUAUGUCUUUCAGAGUGGACCCUGAUGGAGUCCAGUGGUUGGAAUCAGGUCUGAGGAAGUAUUUCUGUGAACUCACACUGGACCAAAAUACUAACCACAAAUUCCUCAAGCUGUCUGAAAACAACAAAAACGUGACCGAUCUGAGAAAGGAGCACCUGUAUCCUGAUCAUCCGGAGAGGUUCGACUACUGGCCUCAGGUGCUGUGUGAAGAAGGUCUGACUGGUCGCUGUUACUGGGAAGUGGAGUGGGAAGGAAAGGUUUAUAUUGCAGUGAGCUACAGAGGAAUUGGAUGGAGCGGAGACAGCGAUGGCUCCAAGUUUGGAGGGAAUGAUCGGUCCUGGUGUUUGAGCUGCACUGAUGGGGGAUACAAUGCGUGGCACAAUAACAGCGGGACUCUCAUCCCUCUUCCCUCCCCGUCCUCAGUCUCUCACAGAGUAGCAGUGUAUGUGGACUGUCCUACUGGCACUCUGUCCUUCUACAGAGUCUCCUCUGACACGCUGAUCCACCUCCACACCUUUAACACCAUGUUCACUGAACCUCUUUAUCCUGGGUUUGGUUACGGGGUGAAGUUAAACUCCUCAGCUUUUCUGAGCCAACUGUAG